AUGGCAAGCAUGGAGAAAACCAUCGCAUCAUACCGCGAACGCCAAGCAGUAUUAGAAGAGCGCAACGAUGCUUUCGCUCAGGGCAUUGCAUGGGUCGAAGGAACACUAGUGGCACUGCGCGAAGCACGCAUCCCACUGCUCGACCAAGGCUUCCUGCACAGCGACCUGACGUACGACGUGCCCGCCGUAUGGGACGGGCGAUACUUCCGGCUGGACGACCACCUGUCGCGGCUGGAAGCCAGCUGCGCGAAAUUACGUCUACGCCUUCCACUUCCGCGCGACGAGGUGCGCCGAAUCCUGGUCGAGAUGGUCGCUCAGAGCGGCAUUCGUGAUGCAUACGUCGAGAUCAUCGUGACGCGGGGUUUCACAAGCGUACGUACCGCCCGUCUCGGUGACACGAGCCAGAACCACCUGUACAUGUUUGUCCAGCCGUAUGUGUGGGUGAUGGAGCCAGAAGACCAACGCAAGGGCGGCGACGCCGUCAUCACACGUAGUGUGCGCCGCACGCCGCCAGGCUCGAUGGAUCCGACGAUCAAGAACCUCCAGUGGGGGGACUUGACCCGGGGUGUGUUCGAGGCCGCGGACCGCAACUCAACAUAUCCGAUCCUCACGGACGGCGACGCCCACAUCACUGAGGGUGCGGGCUAUAACCUCGUGCUGAUCAAGGAUCGCACGCUGUACACGCCAGACCGUGGCGUUCUGGAAGGCGUGACACGCCGGACCGUCCUCGAGAUCGCCGCGUCCCUGGGCUUGGAAGUCCGUCUGCAACCGGUUCCCGUGGAGCUGGCGUAUUCCUGUGAUGAGAUCUUUAUGUGCACGACCGCCGGUGGUAUCAUGCCUGUUACUUCGCUGGAUGGCUUGCCGGUUGGGAAUGGUGACGAGUGUCGGAUGGGGCCGGUCACCAGGUUGAUUUGGGAUGCUUAUUGGGCGUUGCAUUAUGAUCCGGUACAUAGUUUCGCUGUUGACUACCGCGAGAGUGGUGCUGGAGGACACCUUGCACCAGGCGCAAAUGGUGUGGCAUAA